AAAUAAGCAAGCAUGUAUAGGAAUUUCCUUAUAUACUUGUAGAUAAUAAGCUAGGCUUCCAAACCCUACAAAGAAAUGCUAGUGAGCCCUCAUUCAUCAUCCAAUCCAAAAAUGAUUUUUCAAGUUCUUUUCAUCGUUUCUCUCCUAAUAACAUCUCUCUCUUCUGCUGAUAUUGCUUUCGACUAUUGUGUUGGAGAUCUCACCUUACCUAGUGGCCCAACAGGCUAUUCUUGUAAGGAUCCUGCAAAAGUCACGGCAGAUGACUUCGUUUACUCAGGUUUAAGUGUUGCGGGAAACACUAAGAACCUUUUUAAAUUCGGUGCAAGUACCGCAUUUGCUUCUCAGUUCCCGGGUUUAAACGGUAUGGGUCUUUCCUUAACACGGGCAGACUUGGAAGUAGGUGGAGCCGUACCGAUCCACACUCAUCGAGUGUCGGAGCUAAUCAUUGUAAUUGAAGGUACAAUUAUUGCAGGGUUUAUUGACACAAACAACACGGCGUACUAUAAGACUUUGAACAAGGGAGAUAUCAUGAUCUUUCCACCAACACUACUACACUUCCAGGUGAAUUCGGGUUCGACGCCGGUUCUUGCUUAUGCGUGUUUCGCAAAUGAAAAUCCUGGUAUUCAAUUAGUCACAACUUCUUUGUUUCGAAACAAUCUGCCAUCGGAAUUGAUCGAGAAGGUCACUUUGCUAGAUGAUGCACAAAUCAAGAAGCUUAAAAAAAUAUUAGGUGGAACUAAUUAAUCAUGUUUUCUUAAGGAUUGUCCCCAAAAUUUGUCUUCCUUAAUUUGUUUUUUAAAUAUAAACAAUAAUAUUGAUCAAAUGUACUUCGCACGUUCCAUGUUUGAAAUUUGUUUGCAGCCAAUCUUUUUAUGGUCCCUUGGGGGCAUGUUAAAGUAAAAAGUGUGGACACUGAAGGAAUUCAAUUCCGUGCCUUUUCUCAUU